CACAUGAUUUCGGCAAGGGAACAAUUCUUUGCCAAUACUGGCCCCACAUCGGGUGCCAGCGUCGGCCUCGGUAUAGAAAUUGUUAGUGAAAUGCAACCAGUCUAUAAUUCUACCACUAUGCCAUUGAAGGCAGCAAAUGGCAACGGUAGCAGACGUGAGAGUAAAACCCCGGCAAAUUCCCCUGUCGACACACAUCCACCAACGCUUAACGGCAACACACUGGAGGAAAAGGAUAUGGGCCGUUUUUCGAAUUUACCAUCGCGAGAGCCGGUUGAUAUGCAAUUCAACAACCUUUCAUUGACCGUUAACUUGGGAUUCAGAAAAGGAAAUAAGGAAAUUUUACACAAUGUAAGCGGAAAAUUCCCUGGCAGUCAAUUGAUUGCUAUUAUGGGUCCUUCAGGCGCUGGUAAAUCAACAUUGCUCGAUGCACUGUCAGGAUUUAAAACAACUGGCGUAGAUGGCUCAAUUUUGCUCAAUGGAAGACGACGAGACUUGACUGCAUUUAGAAGAAUGUCGUGCUAUAUUACCCAGGAUGAUCGCCUUCAACCAUUGUUAACUGUUAAUGAAAAUAUGCACAUAGCAGCCGAUCUGAAAUUAGGCCCCAAUGUAUCAUAUGAGGAGAAGGAAUCAAGAAUUGAAGAUAUUUUGUUAAUGCUUGGGCUAUAUGAUCACGACCAGACUAUGACCAAACGUUUAUCCGGUGGUCAAAAAAAGCGACUCUCUAUUGCUAUGGAACUCAUAAAUAACCCAACUGUGAUGUUUUUAGAUGAACCUACAACUGGUCUCGACAGCAGCUCCUGUACCAAAGUUUUAGAACUAUGCAAAAUGCUUGCCCAACAAGGACGUACAAUUAUUUGCACUAUUCAUCAACCUACCGCUAAACUUUUCCAAAUAUUUGACCAAGUCUAUGUUCUAGCUGCUGGUAACUGUGUUUACCAAGGAAGCACAGAAAAAUUGGUGCCCUUUUUGCAGGCCGUCGACUUACCCUGCCCUAUGUAUCACAAUCCUGCGGAUUACAUAAUUGAAUUGGCAUGCGGUGAAUAUGGUCAGGAUAAAGUAGAUACACUGAAAUCAGCUUCAGAAAAUGGAAACUGUUUAACCUGGUUUGAUCAUCCCGAAAAGAUAUUAAAGUCAACAGAAUUAAUGAGAAAAUAUCCAGUUGCCAAGAAGACAAAUAAACGUUCCCUAGAAGACACGAGUUAUAUGAAUCAGUUGUCGGUUUUGAUGCACCGAGGUUACAUCAAGGCUAAGCGUGAUACAACUCUGACGCAUCUUCGAAUUGGUGUUAAUGUGUUCGUGGCCAUCAUUUUAGGCGCUGUGUAUGCUAAUUCCGGCAAGGAAGGCUCUCGUGUGAUAGACAAUUAUAAUUUACUUUUCGCUAUUUUGAUUCACCAUUCAAUGACAACGAUGAUGUUAACGGUUCUAACAUUCCCCAUUGAAAUGUCCAUUUUGCUAAAGGAACACUUUAAUCGAUGGUAUUCAUUGAAGGCAUAUUAUACAUCAAUAACGCUUCUUGAUCUUCCCAUAUCGAUCGUUGGCAGUCUUUUGUUUACUAUCAUCAUUUACUUGUGGAGUUAUCAACCCAUGGAAUGGAGUCGUUUCUGGAUGUUCUUUGCCAUUAGUGUUCUAACAGUAUUCGUCGGUCAAAGUUUCGGACUAAUGAUCGGUGCGUGGUUUGAUGUUGUGAACGGAACAUUUUUGGCUCCAGUUUUGACUAUUCCCAUGAUGAUGUUCGCUGGUUUCGGUGUAACGUUGCGUGAUUUGCCUUCAUACUUGAAAUGGGGAAGUCAUAUAUCGUACUUACGAUACGGACUGGAGGGUUUCGUAAGCGCCAUAUAUGGCAACGAUCGUGGUACUUUGGAAUGUGAAGAGGCAGCAUAUUGUCAUUAUCGUUACCCUAGAAAAUUCCUGGAUGAAAUUACUAUGACCGGCGAUCAAUUCUGGAACGAUAUUAUCGCCCUCGGUAUCAUUAUUUUGAUCUUUAGAAUAGCCGCAUACAUUAUAUUGAAAGCUAAGAUCAAAUCCGUAAAAUAG